AUGUGUAGCAAGCCGAAAUUGUUGAGGAAAUUAGGAGCGACAGAGAAGGAGAUUUAUGCGCAGUCUGACGAGAGAGCGCGGAGACAGAGGAUAACGGAGACUAUAGUGUGGGAGUCUGAAGAAGAACAGUUGAACAACUUGACGAAUAUAUUCCGAGAUGAAGAUGGGCACUAUGAAUGGGAUUGCCUCAAUAAGAUCAUAAGAGUGCUGGUCAGGACAUCAGCUGCGGCUCGGUCGGCACGGUUAGUUGACGUGGGAGGAGCGAGUGAAGAUGCAGGAGAAGGGGACGACCAAAGUGUUAUGAACUGUCAAUGGAUCAAAUCUAACAAAACGAAGUUUACCCGACUUUACUUGAAAGUCCUCUUACCACUAGUCAAGGCUCGGCGUGAUGAUUUUGUUCGCCGCACUGAAGUGUGUUGGAUGCUGGCCAAUCUCCUCGGCAGUCAUUCGAGAGCUGUUCUACUGAGUGCGCUGGAGUUGGCAGUUGUUUGUGUAGAAGGAGGAUAUAAAAAAGCGCAGGCUCAACUGUACCAGCAGUUACCAGUGACGCGGCUGAGGUUCUUGAAGAAUCUUUAUGACGUGUUGAAGUCCCAGGCCCAACUUACUAAUACGGCGAAUCAGCAGGGCGGCUAUAUGCGUGCUUCGGCUAAUGUGGAACUGUGCGUUUCUAGCCGACAGUAUGUUCCUGAGAGGGACCAUUGGAAUCUCCUGCUAUCUACCCUGAGGUGGGUUGGUCAUCUAGAGGGACAGUUGUUUCGGAAGGGCUAG